AUGCAUCUUGCGGAGCGGAAUAUGUGGCGUAUUGCUGCAAAAUUGCUCUGGGCCUUUGAAUUCUCGGAAUAUGUGGACUCCAAAACUGGGAUCAAGAGCCCUUUAGAUCCUAACGCAUAUAACCCAGGCAUUCUCCAAGCCCCGUUGCCUUUCAAGAUUGCUAUAAAGCCCCGGAGCAAGGAGCAUGUUCGGCGCAUUGACCAAGAGAUGUCAGAUGCAAUGGACUUCUUGAAACAAUAUAACUGA